UGAAGUCCGACUGGCGGCUUCCUUUGCCUGAACCAGCCUCAAGGUGAAAUCAGUCCCGGGAGGGCCGCUGCCUUGGCAGGACCGGCGAGUGCAAAGAGCGCUGGCCCUCUUGGCAUGCGUCGCGCGGGGUCUUCUUAGGAGUAGGGCAUCUGCGAUUCUAUAAUACAUCCCCCGUCGAAACCGAAUGCUGGCCUUGACAAGGUUUUUAAAGUUUCCUUCAGACCUAAAGGAACUUCGAGAGCUUGCACAGUUUCUACAAUACUACAACAGAGAGCACCAUGCAUAUGUGCUGUUGCUGUUCUGCAGUGCCUACCUAUAUAAACAGUGCUUUGCCAUUCCUGGUUCAAGCUUUCUGAACAUCCUUGCUGGGGCUCUCUUUGGACCAUGGAUGGGUCUCCUACUGUGUUGUGUACUGACUUCAGUGGGUGCUACUUGUUGCUAUGGACUGUCCAACAUCUUUGGAAAACAAUUUGUCAUCUAUUAUUUUCCUGACAAAGUAGCUGUGCUUCAAAGAAAGGUGGAAGAGAACAGAAGUUCCUUGUUUUUCUUCUUGUUAUUUCUGAGGCUAUUUCCUAUGUCCCCAAAUUGGUUUCUGAAUCUCACAUCUCCAAUCCUGAACAUCCCUGUGGCUCAGUUUUUCUUCUCUGUUUUCUUAGGUCUCAUGCCAUAUAAUUUCAUCUGUGUCCAGACAGGUUCAAUCCUUUCACAGAUCAACUCCCUUGAUGCAAUUUUCUCCUGGAGUACUUUGCUCAAGAUGCUGGCUACAGCCAUGGUGGCAUUAAUUCCUGGGAGUAUCAUUAAGAAAUUCAGUCAAAAGCAUUUGAACUUGGACAAAAGUGACAAGAGCGUUCAUGUACUCAAUGGAUGGAAGCACAAUAAAACAGACUAGGAGGAGGACAGAUACUGAGAGUCUUAUGGGGAAGGUGCAAUUCUUUUUCUACUGGUUGUUUUGUUUUUGAAACACCUCAAUUUGGUUUGGGCAUCUUAUCCAAAAUAGGUGGCAGACAACAAUUAUUCUUAAAUGCUGUCUUCUUUUAAAAAGAGCUUGACAAGCUGCAUUUUUCUGUGGUGCAUUUGACUAGUCUGUUGUGUACUGCCACCAGAAAGCUGCUAAGGAGAAUAAGAAACCAUUUGAGCCACAGAGAUGCUGAAAGCCUUCAGGAAUUUUGAACGGCACAGCUGUGUGAAAUCAGUGGUGCCUCUUCAGGCUGCUGUCUACAUGGAGAGCAUUGCAAGUGCUGAUAUUUGCAACUCUCAUUCCUGAGGAUGUGUGGACAGGCCAAAAGUGUGGACCCACUUACUUGCUUAUAUGUCUUCUAAUGGGGAAAUACGACUGAUGAAGGUGACUGUGAUGCACCAUUCCCGUCCCCCUGUUAAGUAUUCCAGAACUUUGUGACAAGGGGAGAGAACUGGAGAGAUUUGUAGGCUAGGCAGCAACUUGCCUUUCCUUGUACACUGUAAAAAGAUUUUGGUAGAGUCUAGAUAUUGUCAUGGCAGCAACAAGGUGCUUACUAUGCUAACAAAUGCAGUCACUUCACAGGAAAGGAGGCCAGCAGCUGCUGCCAGAGUACCAUUUUUUAUAUGUUCUCCUUUCUUAUACGGCUAGGACCAUGUAAGAGCCAGUGUGGUUAAAGGCAGGUGGAUUCUAAUCUGGAGAAUCAGGUUUGAUUCCCCACUCCUCCACCUGAGUGCAUAUCUGGUGAACCAGAUGUGCACUCC